GAUUCUCUGAUUCUGACUGAUUCUGACUGAUUCUCACUGAUUCUCUGACUGAUUCUCGGACAAUAAAAAUACCAAAAAUGGUAAAUAAAGCUUUAAUCAUAUUUGUUGUUUUUUUUAAAAAAUGUGUGUAUAUUCCAAGUUAAAUUUAAAAUAGUAAAAAUUUACUUUUAAUUUACAGCAUUUUAUUAAAUUACCGAUGAUAUCUGGUAAAACCAGUUGACUGUAAAAUAAAUAAAAGCCAGAAUGUUAAUUUCCAUGAAUCUUUAUGAAGACGUUUAGAGUCUUUCAGCCUGAAACUAAAGUGAUUCUGUCAGUUUUUAAAGAUUCCUCCAAUAAAACCUCCAAACAUAAACAACAUUUACAGUCGGACUGGAUGAAAGUCUGAAAUAAAUGAAAAUAUGUAAGAUUUUUCCAGGAUUUUUUGUGUUUAAUCUCCAGAAGUGAAGCCACAGAUCAGCUGAUUGACCUUCAUGCAGGACUUUAAGAGGAUCUUUGAGUUAUUUAGUGCAGAAACCGAUUUUAAAGUUGAACCUGAUGAACAAACAAAAACAGAAAGAUGAUAAAUCAGAGGAUCAACGAGUUCAGAGAGCGGCUUUAAAAAAAACAGGUUGAAUGUUAAUAUUUUAACCUCAUCCAACCUCCUGAUUCUCUGCAGUGGAGGAUCUACUGUGGAGGUUUUAGUGAGGAAUGAGACUGAAAAUGUUUAUCUGUGGUUUUCAAACAAACAUUAAAUCCCCAUAAGUAAGAAAACAAAAUCAGGAAGAGAGAAAAAAAAAGUUUAUAUCAGAGCUGCCUUCUGAACAGAGGAGGACCCGCCUCUCAGUUCAAACUGGCCAAUCAAGGCACAGCUGUUAUCCAAUCAUAUGUGACCCACCUGCUCAGUGAACCAAUCACAGAGCAGCUCUGCAGGUUCCUCUGGACCAGAUGGAAGAAGGUCAGGGGAUUUUAUGAGAUUUCUGCUUUAAUAUAAACUGAACUUUAAGGUGAAAAUUCUCUGUUUCGCUGCUGGAAUAAAUAAAGUCAACAAACAAACAACCAAGCAACAAAUGUCUCUAUGAUGGUUCCUUCAAAACACUCACUGAUUGCCUGAUUCUCUGACUCAUUGUCUGAUUCUCUAACAGAUUCUCUGAUUCUCUGACUGAUUCUCUGACAGAUUUUCUCAUUCUCUGCCUGAUUCUCUCACUGAGUCUUUGAUUCUAUGACUGAUUCUUUGAUUGAUUCUCUGACUGAUUUUCUGAUUCUCUGUCAGAUUCUUUUAUUCUCUGACUGAUUCUCUGAUUCUUUUAUUCUCUGACAGAUUCUCUGACUGAUUCUUUUAUUCUCUGACUGAUUCUCUGAUUCUCUGACUGAUUCUCAGAUUCUUUGAUUCUCUGACUGAUUCUUUUAUUCUCUGACAGAUUCUCUGACUGAUUCUCUGAUUCUCUGACUGAUUCUCAGAUUCUGUGAUUCUCUGACUGAUUCUUUCUCUCCCUCUGAUCAUUUCUAACCGUCUGUGGGUGAGUUCCUCUUUAGAUGAGCAGCUGAUGGAUUUAGAGUCGGCUUCAGAUUAAGGUUACAUAAAAACAGCAGAUCUUCUCUGAGAGUCGAACAGGAAUCAAAGAUGGAGGUGAGAAGAGUUCAGAGGUUUUUGUUUUAGUGGAAAAAAACAGAUUUCAGAGAAGAUUCCGGAUCCUUUCUGUCCUCAUGUGACUCCUCAUGUUUGAACCUUUUUUAACCUGACAGAAGCUUUGAACAUUCCAGGCCUGAGAGGUGAGAACGUUCUGGUUCUACUUUAUUUAUCAGAAACCUGAAACAAUCAGCACCAAGUCAGAUUGUAAAACUGAUCUAAAGCUGCAAAAAUGAGGAAAACAGCAGCAGGAAAAAGACUUUAAAGGAUCCGUUCAUGUUCAGAAAUGUUUGUUUUUAUGUUCUUGUCUAUCAGUUGUUCUAUCGUCUGUUUCAGAACCUCAGUCCGUCCUCCACAGAGCUGCAGAUGAGCAGCGACAGAAUCCGAACCAAUAAACUCCAAUCUUCCUUUAAAGCUGCAGCGCUGCUUUAAGCUCCUUGUUCUCUUAAUCUGGAUUUUCUAAAGGAGCUUCUGCUGUUGUUCUCUGAGCUUUAAAAGAACAGAGAUUAAAAAUUCAAUCUUCAGGAGGAAACAUCACUUCUGUUCUCCUGAUCCACAUCAGUUAGCAGGCUGGGUUCUGAGUUUUUGGCUGCACAAGGUUCUGUCUGGUUCUACAGGAGUUUAUCUCUGGUUCUGUGGGAAGUUACCUCUGGUUCUGUACAAGGUUCUGUCUGGUUCUGUACGAGGUUCUUUCUGGUUCUACAGGAAUUUAUCACUGGUUCUGUAGAGGUUUCUCUGUGGUCCUGUACGAGGUUCUUUCUGGUUCUGCAUGAGUUUCUCUCUGGUUCUACAGGAAUUUAUCUCUGGUUCUACAGGAGUUUAUCUGGUUCUGUAGGAGUUUCUGUCUGGUUCUACAGGAGUUUAUCUCUGGUUCUGCCGGAGUUUCUCUGUAGUUCUGUAGGAGUUCCUCUCUGGUUCUGUAGGAAUUCCUCUGGUUCUGCAGGAGUUUAUCUCUGGUUCUGUAGGAGUUUCUCUCUGGUUCUGCAGGAGUGUCUCUGUGGUUCUGCAGGAAUUUCUGUCUGGUUCUGCAGGAGGUUCUGUCUGGUUCUACAGGAAUUUAUUUCUGGUUCUGCAGGAGUUUAUCUGGUUCUGUAGGAGUUUCUGUCUGGUUCUACAGGAGUUUAUCUCUGGUUCUGCAGGAGUGUCUCUGUGGUUCUGCAGGAAUUUCUGUCUGGUUCUGCAGGAGGUUCUGUCUGGUUCUACAGGAAUUUAUUUCUGGUUCUGCAGGAGUUCCUCUCUGGUUCUGCAGGAAUUCCUCUGGUUCUGCAGGAGUUUAUCUCUGGUUCUGUAGGAGUUUCUCUGUGGUUCUGCAGGAAUUUCUGCCUGGUUCUGCAGGUGUUCCUCUCUGGUUCUGCAGGAGUUUAUCUGGUUCUGCAGGAGUUCCUCUGCUCUCGGUUCUGUUGUGGAUCAUUGAUGGGACAUGAUGGGUCUCAGCGGGGCUCCUGGUUCGUCCCGUCGUCCGUCCAGCUGCUUUUCAUCUCCAGAUUGUCUCCAUCUGCAGAUGUCGCUGUCGCCGUGUUCCUCAUCUUCACAGGCGUGGCCUCGGUUCUGGGGAAUGGCUUGGUUCUGUUGGUGUUCUGCAGGAGGAGAAAGAAGCUGAGGCCUCCAGAGCUGCUGACCAUCAACCUGGCUCUGUGUGACUUUGGCUUCAGCCUGCUGGGAUCUCCGUUCUUCAUCAUCUCCAGCCUGUGCCACGCCUGGGUGUUUGGGGAGGCUGGCUGCCUCUGGUACGGCGUCCAGGGCUUCGUGUUCGGCAUCGGCUCUCUGAUCACCACCAGCCUGAUCUCCAUGGACCGCUGCCUGAAGAUCUGCUGCCUGCGAUACGGUCAGUGGAUAGAGCGGCGCCAUGUGUUCUGGUCCAUCGCUGUGGUGUGGUUCUACGCGUUGUUCUGGGCCACCCUGCCGGUCUUUGGCUUUGGAAGUUAUGGACCAGAACCUUACGGGCUGAGCUGCACCAUCAACUGGUGGAGCCUCAGGUCGUCUGAGAACGACAGGAUCUACGUCAUCCUCAUCCUGACGCUGUGCUUCGGGUUCCCAACGUUCACCAUCAUCUCCUCGUAUCUGUUCAUCCUGCUGACGGUGCUCAGAUCUAACCGAACUUUAGCCUCCAUUCCUUCCUCCUUCGUCAGUAACUCCAGCAAAGACCUGAGACUUGCAAAGAUGGCGGCGGUGGUUUGCUCCACCUUCCUGCUGGCCUGGUUGCCCUACGCCAGCGUGUCCCUGAUCUCAGCCCUCAGAGAGGCUGAGUCCUCAAUGGAGGAACCUUCGGGAUCUGCAGUAGCUCCAGACGUCCUGGACUCCUCCUCACUGCUGAACUGGACCAGAGCAGAGUUCUACAGACAGGUUCUCCACAGUCCUGAGGACAGAGUAGAACCCAGUCCACCCCUUGGUACCAGGCCCGUCUCCAGCCUGCCCCCGGUGGUCACCCUGAUCCCUGCCAUGCUGGCCAAGUCCCACUGCAUGAUCAACCCUCUGAUCUACCAGAUCAUGAACCGCGAGUUCAGGGACGACGUCUACGCCAUGGUGUUCGGCCGAGAGAAGGCCGAGAGGAGGCGAGCGCAGAGCAGGAGGGGGAGCUUAUAUGAACGGACCGUCAGCCUCUCGUACUGCCAGAGCUGGAGCAGACGGAGCACUCCCAUAUCUCUAUCUGGGGAUAGAAAGAACCGAAACCUGAAGAGACUCCAGGACAGAAGCAGCGAUGGAAGAACAAAGUCCGGGAACAUCUCAGAAGGAGCUGAUGUUCUGGACGUUGUCUCUUUGGACACUCGAGGGAACAUGAAGAGACACAGCAGUGUAGACAGAUUGAAGACUAGUAGAGACCUGAGAGUUUCCACAUCCAGCAUCCUCACCGUCUGAAAGCUGUUUCCACCUUCAUUAUCUCUAACCAGGUGUUCUCCAUUGACCUGAACUCUCACUGCUCCUCAGAAACCAUCACAACAUAGACUUCAAAACCAAUAAGAAGCAUUCAUUCUCCUGAAAAAUUUCUUCCAUUUAUUGCUUUUCAACACUGAAUCACUGAUUUCAUUUGGCAAAAAUUUAGAAAACAAGACUUGGUGGAGGCCACCAAGACACCUGUGACUUCUCUGAAGGAGUUCCAAGAAAGGGACUUGUGAGAGAGGCCACCAAGACACCUAUGACUCCUCUGAAGUCACCUGGAAGAAGAUUCUUUGGUCUGAGGAGACCAGAAUGGAGCCUUUUGUCCAUCAGACUAGAUGAUAAGUUUGUACAUCAUCACAAACACACCAUCUUCACUAUAAAGCAUGGUGGUGGCAGCAUCAUGAUGUGAAGCACGGUGGUGGCAGCAUCAUGUUGUGAAGCACGGUGGUGGCAGCAUCAUGACGUUUCUCAGCAGCAGGUCCUGGAAGACUUGUAGAGGUAGAGGGGAACAUUAAUGCAGCUAAAUCUCACUCAUAUUUAUAACAUUUUUGGUGAAAAAAACUGCAUAAACAAAUAAAAAACAAACAUUAUUAUUAUUAUUAUUAUUAUUAUUAUUAUUAUUAUUAUUAUUAUUAUCAAUAGUAAUAAUAAUCAUGAAGUGUAAAUAAUGAUUUCCAGUCACUCAGCUUCCAUAAACAUGAAAUUCAUGGUCUGUGUUCACGACAAAAGGUUGGAUUUGUUUUCAUUGUUAAAAUAUUCAUACACAUUUUCUGUAUAGUUACAGUUUAGUGCUUGUUUAUUCAUUUAUGUUUGUAUUUCAUGACCAGCAACUUGUUAUUCCCCAUCUAACAUAAAUACUGAGUAGACAGAGUGAUAUUUAUUAUUACUACGUGUGAUUUUCCUCCUGUCCUCAGUCCAUGUCUGAAAUAAACACUAAAAUCAUUUCUUUCUGA